AUGGAUUUGCGCACGAUCAUGAACACCGACGGUGGCGCCUCCAAUCCUCCACCUCCGAGCAACUCGGCCAGUUCACCCAUAUCCAAUCAAACCCCCCAAAAGCGCCCGAAAAAGGCAGCUUCUUACUCAGAAUAUCCUACACGUCCGUCCCAGCCUCCUCCGUUGCAACACCCGCAGCACGCUUCCCCAGAGCGAAACUCACCUUUCGCGUCCGUUCAAUCGCCAUACCAACAACUCACCUCGGGCCCAGUGAGUCAUACAGCGGUGAGAUCUCAGCGCAGUCAGACACCCCCACACGUUUCGACUCCGUAUGGUCCCCGCACGCGUGAUCCAUUUGGCGCGCCGGCAUACGGGUCGCAUCCCCAACACCCCGGGGGUCCUCUGGUUUCACCAUACACACCACAGCCGCUGAGUGCUGGACCGCAGUACCCAGAACAUCAGUCAUCUUUCGCCCAGCAGCGUUCCCAACAGCGUUCUCAAUCACUUCAAUCGGUGAUGACAACAUCCCAAGCUCCAAUUGAAUCUUUCCGCAGCCCUCCUGUUGCAUCGCAACCUCUUCCAUCGCAACACUUCUCUCCCACUGCUCAUCGAUCUGUUCCCGGCACCCCUCUAGGUCCUCCUCCUGUCUUUGCCACCCGCCAGUCCUCAUCAACUGGCCGCCCGCCGUCGUCCGGACACGAUUCCCCCGGCAAUCCCCUGUCCAGUCCGAGGCCCGCACAGGAGGCCGAUAUACGAGAUCAGGUUCCAACGCAAUCACCUGUGGCCCAGCGUCAGCUCUCCCCGCAUAGCUCUCAAACCUCCGAGCCGAAUCAUCUCCCUUCGGGCGGCUUAAAGCAAGAGCCAGCCGAGAGCGCCAGUCCCAAAUCCAUCUCCCGUCACAACAGCAUUGUCAGGGCCUCCGAGUCAGCGCCCGCUGGUCAAAUUCGUUCCUCAGAAGACCGAAAGCUGAUCGAGAGUCCCACUACUACACAAAAGCCCCCCGCCGCAGGAUCGGAUUUCUUAACUUCUCCAUUGGCACCUGGCAGUCAAAUGAACAGUUCACCCUCCGGCGCUCGUCGAGGCACCCACGCCAUGGACAUAGACAUCGACCUCGAAUCGCGUGUCGAUGCUUAUCAGCCCAAGCUGAAGAGAAGGAGGUAUACCGAGCCCCCGAUCUAUGCUCGACUUACGCCUCGCAACACAAGCAGACGCCCGAUUAUUCCCAAUCCCCGUCCCCCAGUUCCAAAGCAUGCGCGACAGAACCAGCAGGAUUCCUCCCUCGCUGCUCGCAGACAGUCUUCCUCGAUAGUGGCAGUCACACCUGUCGCACGUGUGACACGAGGACCUGCUGUUGCUUCACCAAGCACAAACAUGCCUCGUGUGCAAGCUCCCCCAACUCUGCUGGCUCCUUCGCUUCGUCCACCAGGUAGUUCGCAGGCUGUAGGCUCGCUGGGUCCUUGGGAGCCGUCUCUAACAGGCUUCAUUCCACACGAGGAAAUUACCAAAACCCUAUGUGAUUUCUUGUUUCAACACGUGGUUAUGAGAAAUGAUAUGAAUGCUGGUCCGACCGGCUCUGCUGCUGGCAGCCAGGGGACCAUUGUCGAGAUUGAGGCGAAAUUGGGCCACAUCAUCGACAUGGACAGCAGAGAUCGGAUCCACCUGCCCAUUUUGACCGAGAGCGUCCUCAAUCGGGAGAAUGCACGGAUUCGAACAUCCUUUGAGAGCAAAAUGACUGUGGAACAACACCGCGCCAUGAAUAAUUUCCUGAAUGAGGCUGUGAAAGCAUCAAUGCCCCAACCUAACUCGACCCGAAUCCCACUUGCAUACGUGCACAAAAAAGAACGCGAUACCUUCUAUGAGAUCCAAGCAGCUGACCUACCCCCGGUGAUCCGUCAAAAUCUGAACCCAAGACACAAACCGAAAGUCCGGGUAACCACCGAUGAACGAACCGGUGAAAUACUCGCCAAAAUCGUCAAAUGUCGAGUUGCCGACUUGGACGUCUGCAGUCCCCGGACAACAGUAGACUGGCGCGUCAGUGUCAAUCUGGAAAUGGACUAUACCGGCGACGUCAGCCAUCUUCCGGUGAUAGAUCCAGCUGUCAUCAAAGGUGGACGAGGUGAUCGGAUCAAAGAUCGCAUGAGCUACCGUCACUUGGCCUACCAGGUGGACUUGACUCAAGUAGCCAAAUUCGACCAACAACCGGGCAAGAAUGAGUUCGAGCACGAGCUAGAAGUUGAAGUCUCGGCCGAGGAAGUUCGUCGUCAGGGCCAGCUUGCUAUGUCGGGCGAUCCUCAGAAUCAGUACGAAGACCUCGUUAAGGGCUUUGUGGAUAAUAUCCGUCUACUGGCUCGAGCGGUGCCGCCAUGA